AUGAUUAACGUAACACGGGAACUUCUUGAACAAUAUUAUGGAUUUAAUAAUGAAUCUAAUAAUGAUAGAUAUUUAUCAAUUCAUAAAAGUGUUAAUAAUAAAGACGCUUAUGAGAAGGAAAAUAUUGAUGAACAAAUGAUCUUAAAUGAAACGGAGGAGAUUUUAACGAAAGAAGAUGUGCAAAGUGAGAAGAAAUAUAAUGAAGAAGAGUCCACUGAUUUAUGUAGACAUAAUUUAUCUGAAUUGGAUGAAGAGGAAGAAAAAGUUGAUAAAAGUAUAACUUUGGAAUCUAUAAACAAUUGUAUAAAACUAGACAAAGUUUUAUUGUUGAAUAAUUUUCUAAAUAUUAAAUAUGUCUUAAUCUUUGUGUUUACACGUGCUCAAGAUCCUGAAGUAUUACGUACUAGCGAGUUGUGCCCUGUAUCUGCAGAUGAUUUGGACUCUACAUCUGAUAUUUCUUCGGUAAUAACACAAGAUGCAACACAGGAAUCAAAUAAACAAUAUGAAGAUUUAGUACCAAUUUCUAACAAAAAGUUUGUUUAUAAUUCAAUGUUUGUGGACUUGUCAAAUGCAAGACUUACAGUAUUACCAGAUAAUAUAACACAACAUUUUUCAACAAUACAGAUGCUUUACUUAGAAAAUAAUGCAUUAUCAGAAAUUCCUGAUGAACUUUUUCCUUCUUUACAAAAUCUUGAAUGGUUGGAUGUACGGAAUAAUCAAUUGAAAUCUUUACCAAAGAAUAUCAAAUUUCAUUCUUCUUUGCAUACACUUUUAUUGCAAGGAAAUCAAAUUCAGAUGUUACCAUUAGAACUCUGCUUGAUACCAAGAUUAAAAAAUUUACAAGUAGCGUGUAAUCCUCUAACUAUGCCACCAGAGAAUGUCGUUGCACUUGGAUGUUCUAGUAUUUUAACAUUUUUAAAAAUUGAAUGGAACAAAUUACAUCCAGAUGAAAUUGAAAUUGGAGUAACCUAUGAAACAUGUGCCAGCAAAGGAAUUGAUUUUGUUAGACAAAAACAACUUUUAUGGAUCAAUAAAAUUACAGAAAUGUUGAAUAAAGAAGCUUCUGUACUUCAGAAAAUGAAAGACAAGAUAGCUCUACAAAAGUGGAGAGAUGAUAAAAGCAGUUUCCAUAAAAGUAUGGAGAAAGCUACAAAAAGAAGAGAAGGCGACAUCCCAUUCGCUACUGAAGAUGUUAACGAUUUAUAUAUAACUAAUGCAGAAAACAAUUCGGUAAGAUAUUUUACUAAAAUUUGCUCGUUACAGAGCCGUAUAAAAUUAUAUAACAUGAAUAAAAAAAUCAUUGAAUUGUUGGAUUCAUUAAAUACGAUAAAUAUGGAUGGAAUUACAAAUAUGACACUUCGAAAAAUGAUUCCAAGUUUGUACAAAAAUCGUUUACAGGUUCGUCUUUUACAAAAAGAAAUACAUCAUCUUCAGCGAUAUAAUAUAUCGAUGUCUUAGAUCUACGUCUGUAAGUAUAAAUUUAAAUAUGAAUUUUUAUAUGAAAUUAUUUAUGUAUGUGCAUUUAUAUUUUAUAAUUUAUUUACUAAUUUAUUGGACUAUGAUCGUAAAUUUAAAUAUCAAAUAAUCUGUUACAUAUCAUAUAAAACAUUAAUUAUGAUAAUAACACAUACAUAAUUUUUCUUUUAACGUAAUAAUAUGCAAACAAAAUAAUAAUACUUACGAAAUAACUAUACUUAUAUCACAAUUUGAAAUAAUGUAUCCUGCAUUUGCAUAGAACCAAUUUAUAUUUUUAUGAAAUUAUCAAGUUAAUUAAUAUUAGUAAUAAAAAAUACUCUAAUAUAUAUAUAUGUAUAUUAUUUAUGUUUUUAUAGAUAGUUGUAGAGAAUACUAUAAUAUAUAAAUUUCAGUAUAUGUUAAAAUACAAAGAAAAAAAUUUAUAAAGCUGCAUGAUCAAAUAAAUGAUAAACAAGAAAUCUUAAAUUACACUUGUAAAUUACAGAUAGAAAUACGUAAAUUAUGUUCGUGCUUAGGUUUAGAAUAUUCGCUUGAACGUUUCUAAUAUCAUUUUUAGGCUCGUAUUACAUUAUAUGAAAUGAACAUUAUGUAAAAUCAAUAAUUUUGUAUCGUCGAAAUGGCGUAAUUAUUUAAAACAGAUGAUGAUAAUAAAAAUUAGCUUCGAUUGACUAUAAAUAUAUCUCUUAUAACAGAAUAUUUUUAACAAGUCAUAAGAUUUAGACAUCCAUUAUUGAA